UAGAGCCAGAAGAUCCGAGGUUCUAGAUACCGAAACGCAAUCAUGUCUACCUCGGACGACGAUGGGCGCACUACACCGCCUCACACUACCCUAGCCUCUGAUACCGAGGCGGUCGAGGGUUCCUUGACUUCAAGCAUCGAAAUAUCAUGCCCAUGGCCAGGAGGCAAAUACAUCAUCCGCGAAACGGAGUCUAAACUCGUCAUUGCGCUGAAAAAUGGUGGUUUGGGCUUGUACGCUCUGCCAACCAAAGAAACCGUGGACUACGACCUGGGGUUUUACUGGAAUUGUGUCGAGAAUGACAAAGGGUGGCUCGGCUUGAGAAACACUGUGUCCGGGGGUUUCAUAGGACUUGCUAGCGUCCAAAGCUCCAAAGCGAAAAUCUCCAAUGCGACCAGCCUUUAUCACACAAUGAGACAUUCAUUUUGUGCUCGUCAACAUCCAGAUAGCGGCUAUGUACUUCUAUUCAUCGAUACUGAUGAUGAUGAUGCACUCUUGCCGAUGACGACCUCGAAUGAGAGGUUGACGUUUCGUUACGGGAAAGUCACGAGAUGGGAGUUCAUCAAAGUUGAUUCUCUUUGAGUCAACUUGAAUUCGACCGGGCUGAUCAAUUAUGCUUCAAUAUGUUGACAUAAAACAAC